UCGCGCUGGACAGCGUCCAGCGUCACUCACAGUCUCAGCAAGUCAGCGCGCUGCGCACGAGAGCAACAACCUCAUUCCUGGAUAUUAGGCACUAGGGGCAAGUGCGCGAGCGCAGCGCGCGGACACAAUUCGCCUUUCGUUCGCUGAGAGAGGAGCGCGCGAAUGGUUUUCAAAUUGAAAUGAAUCGUUAACGGCCGUUUGAAGAUGAAGAGGUUUUCUCGAAAGCUGACUUUAGCUCUCGCAGCGCUGUUUUGGAUAGCCGCUUUACUCUAUUUCAUAUUGCUGAAUAGCCGCAAAAUACUACCUGACCAAAGAAACGAGCAACCGCAAGUCAAAGAGAUCUCAGAUGCUGAGUGGGAUGACCUGCUGGAAGAGUUUGAAGAAAAAAGCUACCUCAAUGCUCACAGAUGGAAGCCAGGCCAGGACCCCUACAGUCUGUAUGCCUUCAAUCAAAGAGAGAGCGAGAGAAUCCCCAGCAACAGAGCGCUUAGAGACACCCGACAUUACAGGUGUACAACACUGCACUAUGACCUCGACCUGUCAUCCACUACCAUAGUGAUCACGUUUCACAAUGAGGCACGAUCUACCCUGCUGCGCACAGUUCGGAGUGUGUUGAAUCGGACUCCUGUGCAUCUGAUUUAUGAAGUCAUACUGGUAGACGAUUUCAGCGAAGAUCCAAAUGACUGCCUUCUUCUCACCAAGUUGCCCAAAGUAAAGUGUCUUCGUAAUAAACACAGAGAAGGACUGAUCCGGUCCAGGGUUCGCGGGGCGGAAGCUGCAGGAGCCGGGAUCCUGACCUUUCUGGACAGUCACUGUGAGGUCAACAAAGAUUGGCUGCCUCCACUGCUGCAGAGGGUCAAAGAGGACCCGACCUGUGUCGCCAGCCCUGUGAUUGACAUCAUUAAUAUGGACACGUUUGCCUAUGUCGCCGCUUCCUCUGACUUGCGAGGAGGCUUUGACUGGAGUUUACAUUUUAAAUGGGAGCAACUAUCAGCUGAAAAGCGAGCCAAGAGAGCUGACCCUACAGAGCCUAUCAAAACGCCCAUCAUCGCAGGAGGACUUUUUGUGAUUGACAGAUCCUGGUUCAAUCGUUUGGGAAAAUAUGACACGGCCAUGGACAUCUGGGGAGGGGAGAACUUUGAGAUUUCUUUUAGAGUAUGGAUGUGUGGAGGAAGCCUGGAAAUCAUUCCCUGUAGCAGGGUCGGCCACGUAUUCCGCAAGAAACAUCCUUACAUCUUCCCGGAGGGCAAUGCCAACACCUACAUAAAGAACACCAGAAGGACUGCUGAGGUUUGGAUGGAUGAGUUCAAACUGUUCUACUACUCAGCUCGACCGGCUGCUAGGGGAAAAUCCUACGGAGACAUUCACGGCAGGCAGGAGCUCCGCAAGAGUCUCAAGUGCAAAUCCUUCAAGUGGUAUCUGGACAAUGUCUAUCCAGAGCUCAAAGUUCCUGAUGAUUCCGAUGCUAAGUCUGGUGUGAUCCGGCAGAGACAGAACUGUCUAGAAUCUCGUAUAGUCGAGGGUCAGGAUCUCCCAGUGCUCACACUCGGACCCUGCAGCAUCACUAAAGACGUACCAGCAGCCAACCAGGAGUGGAUCUACACCCAUGGACAGCAAAUCCGCCAGCAGCAGCAUUGUCUGUCUGUCUCCACAACUUUUCCUGCCUCCCAGAUCCUGCUCGUGCCGUGCAACAUCAGCGACGGCAAGCAGCGUUGGCAGAAAUCUGGCACUCACCUGGAGCACCUGGCGUCUCGUUUCUGCGUGGACAGCGAGAUGGCUCUGGACGGCAUCGAGAGCAGUAAAAUGCUGGUGAUCAGCCCAUGUGAACUGUCAGCACACACUCAGAGAUGGGAGAUGCCUUUCUCGUGAUCCUUCCUCCUUGGCCUCUCCUCACCUUUCAGAGCUCAGCUGGAGUCAAAGAUGGAUAGAGAGGCAGAGAGAGUGAGUGUGUACCUCCAGGAGGGGCUACAUCUGUGUCCUGCUGUUCUGCUAUGUCCACCCCCUUUGUCUCUUCGGCACACCCCAGGUUCCCCAGAGUGUCAAUCAUACUGAUGCUCUCCAGAACAGAGUUUGGCAGCUGGACGCACACAAACUUGCGGGACACACACCGUGUGUGACACACAGACUCACACUGGAGAACGGCGCACAACCUUUUUAUUUGUUUCGCUUGAAUUUACCCCGAUACGAAGCACUUGUGAGAUACAUCUGCUAGCACAUCGACAUACAAUAAAUACCCUAUUUUUUCUUAAUGGCCUGCUACUUGCGUUUAUUCCUUGUAGUCUGGUUGCGCAAGUAAACCGUGAUCAAAGUAUAUUUAAGGUAGUUGUUUACAUGAUCAUCAAAAGUAGAUGAAUCCCAAACGAAUCGCACAGCCAGCCUGCUUUAAUUAGCAUGUCAGCACAACCUCAUUAGUCCAUAAUAUAAUGGCAUAGCUGCUGCAUGCAGUUGCAGAGAGCAAACUUCUGCUCUGCAAGCGAAUGAGCUCAAGAUGGGCAGGAGUGCUUUGUUCUCAUGAGCUCUGCGGUCGCUGCUGGCAAGUGGAGAACUGAGACUGUUUGCCUAGAGGAUCUAAAUAAAGCACAGCCACAUCGCCACACAUGCCCAGGCGACAGGACAGGGAGGAUCCAAUUACCACUUCCUCAGUCUGUCCUCCUCUUCUCAUUAGAAGGCUGAGCUCUGCAGGAGCUGGGAGAAUACUGAGACUCAGACGUGGCGCAGCUCAGAUGCCCUCAUCACUUGCUGUAGUCUGGCUGCCUGCACCCGGCAAUUACAUCCAAUUAGGUUGUGGUGUUUUCUUACAUAGCCCUUCCUGAUGCUGCAGCGAUUUCACCACCGUUUUUUCUUGUUGAACUCCUCGGCGCUGCAGAGUUUGAACCUAAUAGCUUUGAAGAAUAAACCACUGAGUCGUUAUUUGAUUCCUGACAUUCUAAAAGUGUGUGCUCUGAAUAGUCUGCACGAGUCUCCACAUGCCUACUUUAUUUUAGUGAGAAUGAGUCAUUAUGAGGGAAAAUCAAGAUGAGAAGGGUGAGAGCAGAAAGAUUUGUCUCAGACGUGUUAUCUAAUGAUAUGUGUAGGAGACCUGCACUAGUCAAUACAAUGCAGUGGAGUCUAUUUUUAGGGAAUCUCGGAAUCCUGGUGGUUUCCAGCAGAAGAGAUUCUUUAUGUUUUAAAAAUCAUUAUAUCAGAUCCCUUUCUGUGACCUACAAAUUGCUUCAGCGGCACUGUAACUGUAGUGCUUUAAAGCUGAAGUGUGUCGUUUUUUUGAUGUUAUAAAGUACUUUUUAUUCUUGCUUAAUGUGCAGUGACAAUUAUAGGCCAUUUAAAUGUUGAUUUCUUUGAAAUAUG